AUGAAGGCCUCAUUUCUUCAUGAGCUAGCUAAUGGAGUUUCUGUCAACUCAACGUACCCUGUUGCCAAGUCAUCAAAGAGAUAUUAUUUGCCUGAUGCUCGCGGAAAAUACAUCAAAUCUAUCACGAAACCAAAGCAAAGUAGAACACAUCACAAAUCUGGAUUCUUACAAAUAGUCCGAGAGCAUGUGAGGCUUGGACCAAAGAUAACAGAGACAGUGAAAGGGAAAUUGAGUAUGGGAGCUAGAAUUCUUCAGGUUGGUGGAGUAGAGAAAGUAUUUAAGCAACUAUUUAGUGUUGGAGAAGGGGAGAAGCUGUUGAAAGCAUCACAAUGCUAUUUAUCAACCACAUCAGGUCCUAUAGCUGGUAUUCUCUUCAUAUCCACCGAAAAAGUUGCAUUUUGCAGUAAUAGAUCCAUCAAGAUCUCUCCCCCAGAUGGAGAAGAUAUUAGAGUCCUUUAUAAGGUUUGCAUUCCCCUUAGAAAGAUAAGAUCUGUGAACAAAAGUGAGGAUCUGGAGAAACCUUCACAAAAGUACAUAGAAAUAGAUACAGUGGAUAAUUUCGAUUUCUGGUUCAUGGGUUUCUUCCAUUAUCAGAAAGCUCUCAAAUGUCUUCAGAAGACUGUUCCUCAAUCUUAG